AUGUUGGCCAACUCCAGUCUUGCUCCUGCUCCCGAGCUAUUCAAUCUGUACGGCCUGCUCCUAACGUUUUUGGUGCCCCCGGAGACAACAGUGUUUUAUUUCAAUCCCUCGAGUCCCAGCUGCCAUUGGGAGCUGCUUCAGAUGGAGAGCCUAUUUGACCAUCCGCAAAUAGUCUGGCGGCAGGCGGAGAUCUAUACGAAUCUGUACAGCCAGCAUAACAGUCACAUAUUUGUGUUGGCCUGUCUGUCGAGAACCCUCUACGAAUGACAGCUGAAGAUUCUGGCCACCACUUUCACCCGGCUGAGGUCGGUAAGGGUCCUCAUCGAGAUGGAGGGCAAGGAAAGCUCCUCUUUGGCCUCACAAAUCCUGUCACUCUGCCUGCAGCACAGCAUGCUGAAUGUAGGACUCUACUUUCGCUCUCGCAGUGUAUUCAGCUACCGGGCUUUUCCGUACUUUAAGAUCAUCAAACAACACAUUUUCGAAGAAACCCAUCCUCGUAUCUUCACCAACCAAAUUGCGGACCUCCGGGGUUACCAAUUACGUGUUCAACCGGACUUGUCGCCACCGAACUCCUUUUUCUAUCCCGACUCGCGGGGCAAGAAUCGAUUGUCCGGCUUUAUGUGGCAGUUUAUAUCAACCUUUGCUGAAAACUUGAAUGCCGGCAUCGAGAUCCUGUAUCCCACAUGGAAAAAAGCGAAGGUGUCGUCCAACGAAUAUAUGAUUGAGUUCACACGGAAUGGCAGCUCGGACUUUGGUCUGACCCUCGUCAUGAUUAUGUUCAAGCACGAGGAGAGGUUUCGCGACUUCAGCUACCCUUUUAUCCACUCAAAUUGGUGCACAAUGUUGCCUAUGGAGAAGCCCCUGAGUACUCAAACCCUCUACGCGCAUGUUCUGACCUGCGGAACGAUUAUUCUUCUGGCGGUGAUGUAUCUUGUGUGUUUCCUGGUUAUUCCUUCUCUAAUCAAAUUCCUGGAACCUAUUAUCUGCGGCAGAUUGAUACGCCUCUCCUGGAGGCUAUUCGUCCUGGUGAUGAUCUGCGGCUGCUCUGCCCAAUUGCUCUCCCUACUGAUAUCUCCGCCCAUCCGACACCACAUCAAUAACUUUGACGAUCUCCUGGCCUCCGGCUUGAAGAUCUUUGGGCUGCGUAGCGAGUUCUACUACAUGGAAGGUGGUUUUCGGGCCAAGUACGCAGCGGCUUUUCGCCUGACGGACAAUAUCAACGACCUGUACGAUCACCGGAACUACUUCAACACCAGCUGGGCCUACACCAUCACUUCAGUCAAAUGGAUGGUGAUCGAGGCUCAGCAGCGGCACUUUGCCCAUCCCUUGUUCCGGUUUACGGAGGACUUGUGCUACAGUUGGUGCUCUCCCAGUAGCCUGCUGAUCGCCCAGGAGUCCGUUUACCGGGAGCGCCUCCACCACUACAUCCUGAUGGUGGACCAGUCAGGGCUUAUCGAGCACUGGAUGACCCAGAGCUUUUACGACAUGGUGAAGGCCGGUCGUAUGACCAUCCAGGACUAUAGUGUGCCGAGGACCGUGCAACCGAUCAGGCUGCAGGACCUGCGAUUGUGCUGGCAACUCAUUGUGUCACUGCUGCUCAUCGCUUUUGGCGCAUUCGCCUUGGAGCUGCUGUUGUUCUACACCAACGUAUUUCUCAAUAGCUUGUAG